AUGAAAACUGUUGCUAUUAUUGCUCUUGUUAUCGUAUCUGCUUCUGCAUCUACAGUAAUCUUCAAGAACAACUGCAAAGAUGCGUUUGAUGUUGUCAGAACUGAAAACUUGAAACUUCCGGUCGUUCAAUGCCAUCUGAACCCCCGAGGCGAAUGUAGAGGACAGUUUGCUAAUAACAGAUCAAUGAACUUCAAACGUGGAUGGGGCGGUAACUUUUUAUAAUUUUACUAUCAAAGGAUGAGUUUUAAUGAUAUAACAGCUAUAGCGGUGAAUAGAUCAUCCUCAAAAACUCAUGCUAGCCUUACCCAGCCUAGCACUGCCCAUCCAUUCUAGCUUCACCUAAGUGUACCUCUGCCGAUUCUAGCCUUAGCCAAGUAGACUUCUGCUUAUUUUAGUCCUGCCCAAGUAUACCUCCGCCUAUUCUAGCCCUACUCAAGCCUAGCCUUUUUGGGUUUACCCCUAUUCUGUCCGGGUAACAUAUCCCAAGGAGACGCUAUAACCUAAUAGUUUUAAAAAUUUUUAAUUUUUUUUUGUAUUUUUAUUUUCAGGCAAACAAACGUUAGCCGAGUUUACUUUUGACAACCCAAAGAAGAGAGACUUCUUUGACUUGAGUGUGGUUGCCGGAUUCGAUGUUCCUAUGAGUUUGAGCGGCAAUCAUUAUAAAUUGAAAUGUAGACACCCGUAAGUAAAAAACGUUUGCAAUAUUAGGUUGUCAAAAUAUAAAACUUUCAGUAAGUAUCAUACUCAACUAUCAUAUUAUUACCUGUAUACUGUAACAAAAGACUUUUACAGUGAUAAUUAUUUUUUAAUUUUCAAAAUUUUUCUUAUUUAUCUAUUACAACUUAUACUCUAAGAAUAUCCAAAAUGAUCAUUCAUAUUUGUGAUAAAUAGUAAGGCAGAAAAGGCCUAGUAGACCGAUGCCAAACAAUUGUAAAACAAUUUUUUAGUAAAUGCCCAGAUGCCUAUCUCUUCGAUCGUGACGACAAAAAGAAUCAUGAUGGUCCGACUGGUGCUACAUACCACGUCACUUUCUGCUAA